AUGUUGUCGUUGUGUAUACCGGUUCGGGCAGCGGCUCGCUUUAUCCAGGCAACACAGCGUGGCCAAGGAGCUCGCUGGAUUGCCACUCCAUCUCGUUUGCAGGCAGCUCAAGCCGCGGCCUCUGAAACGGUUAUCGAAGAACCAAUGUACCACGAUCAUGUUGAAGACGUAUCAACAUCAGACCGAGGCAGACGAGACGAGUUCUGGCGCAGGAUCCCAUGGUGGCAAGAUAUAUCCACAGAGGACUUCCUGAGUUAUCGUUGGAGCAGUAGAAACAUGGUCGAAAGACUUCCGAAGCUGCGAGGCUUUCUUGAUGCGACCUUGCCCGAUUACAUCCCUGUCCGUGGUUCCAGCAGUGAAAUGGAGCCUCGGAACGAGCUUGUCAACGACGUCCUCGCAGGAAUCAAGAAGGCAACCAUGUCUGUUCGGCUUACCCCGUAUGUUCUCAGUCGUAUCGACUGGACUGACCCUCGCAACGAUCCCAUCUUUCGCCAGUUCAUCCCGACUCAGUCAUCGAUGGUACCGGAUCAUCCGCGGCUGACACUUGAUUCUCUGCACGAAGAGGCCGAUUCACCAGUCCCUGGUCUGGUCCAUCGGUACCCAGAUAAGGCUUUGUUUCUCCCCGUGUCCGUCUGUCCGACAUACUGCAUGUUUUGCACUCGCUCCUACGCAGUAGGAGCCAACACCGAAACCGUCGACAAGCAUUCGUUCAAGCCCAUCCUUGCCAGAUGGGAGAAGGUGUUCCAGUACAUCGAGAAUACACCGGAUCUACAGGACAUUGUAGUCUCUGGAGGCGACUCGUAUUACUUGGCGCCUCACCAAAUCGAACUGAUUGGUGACAGACUGAUCUCGAUGCCCAACAUACGUCGCUUCCGGUUUGCCUCAAAGGGACUUGCCGUUUGCCCGACUCGCAUUCUUGAUCCCAACGAUACUUGGGUAGAUGCCCUUGUCUCGGUGUCCAACAAGGCAAGGAGGGCUGGCAAGGCGGUGGCGCUGCACACCCACUUCAACCACCCCAAUGAGAUUUCCUGGGUCAGUGAGGAAGCUAGCCAGAAGCUCUUCGAAGCCGGGGUCGUGGUACGAAACCAGACCGUGCUACUCCGCGGGGUCAACGAUGAUGCAGGCACCAUGUCAAUGCUCAUCCGCAAGUUGGCGAAUAAUAACAUACUCCCGUGUGAUAUGGUCAAGAUGGUGGAGCACUUGCGAACGCCUCUGCAAACGAUUCUCGACUUGGAGUCCAAGAUCAGGGGUUCGAUUGCUGGUUUCGUGAUGCCGCAGUUUGUAGUGGAUCUCCCUGGAGGCGGUGGCAAGCGCUUGGCAAGCACUCAUAGAUCAUACGACCGCAAGACGGGUAUAUCAACGUAUGUGGCACCUGCAGUGACGGGCCGUGACAAGGAAAACAAGGUGUACGAGUACUACGACCCUGUCGACUCUCUUCCCGAGACCCAACCAACCGAUUUUCUGGAUGGGGCGUCCCGACACAUUGGUUGA